GUUCGUUCCUUUUCUCUGGGCAUGUCCAUUGGGUGCGUCACCGGUGCUUGGUUCACGUGAGCGACCACGUUUUCGUGACUGUCUGCCUCUGAAAAGUGCUCACAAAUCACAGAUAACAUGGAUCCCAGUCAGUUAAUAGAAAUCCUCAGGGCGACGAUAGACCCCAAUCAACGUGAAAACGCCGAGAAACAGUUGGAACAGGUUCACAAGAUCAUUGGCUUUGCUCCAUCCCUCCUGCAAGUGGUGAUGACAAAUGCUGUGGACAUGCCUGUACGCCAGGCUGGUGCCAUCUACCUAAAAAACUUGGUCAUGCAGUUCUGGCAAGAACGAGAGCCCACUGGGACAACGCUACAUUUCCAUGUUCACGAACAAGACAGGGCCAUGGUCAGAGACGCCAUUGUUGAUGCCAUGGUUCACGCCCCCGAUCCCAUACGAGUACAGUUGGCAGUGUGCCUGACAAACAUCUUGAAGAGUGACUUCCCCGGACGAUGGACAGGGAUUGUAGACAAGGUGUCCAUCUACCUUCAAUCCCCUGAGAGUGGUGGAUGGAUGGGGUCUGUCCUUGCCCUCUACCAACUGGUCAAGAAUUAUGAGUACAAAAAGCCCGAAGAACGUGAGCCCCUGCGUGAGGCGAUGCAGUUGUUGCUACCCCUCUUGUACCAGCGCAUGCUUCACUUGGUGCCGGAUCCGAGCGAGGCCUCCGUGCUCGUUCAGAAGCAGAUCUUGAAGGUGUUCUUUGCCCUGGUGCAAUAUCACCUUCCCCUCUCACUCAUCACAGGUCCAGUGUGCACCCAAUGGAUGGAAGUGUUCAGAGUCAUCAUCCAACGACCAGUCCCUGAUGUGGCAAACCAAGUGGAUGAAGAAGAACGACCGGACCUCCCUUGGUGGAAAUGCAAAAAGUGGGCCUUCCACAUCAUCAGCCGUCUCUUUGAGAGGUAUGGCAGCCCAGGCUCUGUAACGAAAGAGUACCGUGAAUUUGCGGACUUCUACCUAAAAGGUUACUCUGAAGGAAUACUGCAGGUCGUCUUGAAAGUCCUGGACCAGUACCGGCAAAAAAUCUACGUGUCUCCGAGAGUGCUCCAACAUGCCCUCAACUACCUAAAGCAGGCUGUUGCUCACGCAUUCACCUGGAAGUUCUUAAAGCCGCACAUAGUGGGUAUCAUACUGGAAGUGGUCUUUCCGCUGCUUUGCCACACCAACCAAGAUGAUGAACUUUGGAAUACGGACCCACACGAAUACAUCAGACUCAAGUUUGAUGUGUUCGAGGACUUUGUGUCACCAGUUAUGGCAGCCCAGACACUGGCCCACACAGUGUGCAAGCAGCGCAAAGGCGUACUCCAGAAGGCCAUGGGUUAUGUGACUACACUGUUGACAAAUCCUGUCUGCGAUCCGAGGCAGAAGGAUGGAGCUCUCCACCUGGUGGGGACUGUAGCGACACUUCUGCUCAAACGAAAGUUGUACAAGGACCAGGUGGAAGCCAUGCUAGUAGCCCAUGUUCUACCAGAAUUUGGGAGCCCCCACGGCUUUUUGCGCGCCCGUGCAUGCUGGGUCCUGCACCAUUUCUGCGAACUUCGUUUCCGAGGCCAGGCCCACCUGGCCCAGUCCGUCGAAUGCCUAGUGGGGAGCCUCUUACGAGACCAAGACCUGCCAGUGCGAGUGGAGGCAGCUGUAGCCCUGCAGGCCUUCCUCAGUGCGCAAGAAAAAGCUCAAGCGGCUGUGGAGCCUCACAUCAAGGAAAUUGCGCUCGAACUGCUCAAGAUAAUCCGCGAGACUGAAAACGACGACCUGAUCACUGUAAUGCAGAAGAUUGUCUACAUGUACACUGAGCAGAUCACACCGAUUGCAGUGGAAAUGACGCAGCACCUGGUGGGCACCUUCCUGGAAAGCGGGAGUGGCGAAGGAGGGGAUGAAAAGGCGAUGGUUGCCAUGGGGGUGCUGACAACACUGGACACCCUGGUCUCUGUACUGGGGGAGCAGCAGGAGAUAGUGGCACGCCUGGAGCCCCCUCUCUUGGAUCUAGUUGUCAACCAGGUGCUGGGUAACUCACUGAUGGAGUUUUAUGAGGAGGCUCUCUCUCUUCUGUGCUCUCUCUCCAGUCGAGGUCCUCUCUCGCCUGCUAUGUGGAAGGCCUUCGAGGCACUCUACCAGACCUUCCAGAAAGAUGGCUUUGAUUUCUUUACUGACAUGAUGCCGGCAUUGCACAAUUUUGUGACAGUUGACACUCCGGCGUUUGUGAGCAACGAGAACCACCUUCUAGCCAUGUACAACAUGUGCAAGGCUCUUCUGGAAGGCUCCCCUGGAGAAGAUGCAGAGUGUCAUGCAGCCAAGCUACUUGAAGUGGUCAUCCUGCAAUGUAAAGGACAGAUAGACCAGUGCAUACCGUCAUUUGUGGAGCUCGUCCUCAGACGGCUCGGCAAGGAAAUCACGUCGUCUGAAUUGACCGCAAUGUGUCUGCAGGUGGUCAUAGCAGCCUUAUACUACAACCCUAACUUGCUCUUUGAAACCCUAGUGAAGUUGCAGCCACAGGAAGCACCUUUAGUGGAUCAUUUCAUCUCAAUGUGGAUGGACAAUGUGGACUGCUUCCUCGGCCUUCAUGACAGGAAGAUGUGUGUCCUGGGCUUGUGUACGCUGAUCUCUACACCGGGGACAAAACCUCAGGCCCUGAUGGAAGCAGCCGGCAGAAUCAUGCCCUCCAUGCUAAUGCUCUUUGAGGGACUCAAGCGUGCCUAUGCCUUCAAAGCUCAAGAGGAAGAGGAUUCUGAUGAAGAGGAAGAAGAGGAUGAAUAUGAUGGUGAGGUUCUGGAUAGCGAUGAAGAUGACGUAGAAGAUGAAAGUGCAGAGUACUUGGCAAGAAUUGCAAGGAAGGCUAAGAAGGAAUCUCCCUUUCCUGUGACUUCUGCAACAAUUGAGGAUGAUGAAGAAGAGGAAGACGAGGAGGAUGAAGAUGAGGACGAAGAAACUGCUCUGGAGGCAUACACUACACCACUGGAUGAUGAAGAUUGCCCCAUAGAUGAGUACCAGGUGUUCAAGGAGGUCAUGCAGGGCAUCCAGAACUCCGACCCUACAUGGUUCAACACACUGACAUCCGUGCUGAAUGCGGAGCAGCAGAAAACCUUACAGGAGAUAUACGUACUUGCAGACCGAAGGAAAGCCGUUGCAGAAUCUCAGAAGAUAAAGAGAAGUGGCGGUUACGUGUUCCAGAACCAGACUGUGCCCACGUCGUUCAACUUUGGCGAAACGUCCUUCAAUUUUGGAGGUGCUCCUAAGUGCUAGUGUAUAGGAGAGCCAGCCCUGUGGACUAUCUGUUGGUGCACACUCAGUUGAGCAGUGAUGGACACAAGUUGUGACGAGGAAUGUUCUCAACAUUUUGCAAUCAACGAAAACCAGUGUCCGUCUAGGGUUUCUCUUUUUUUUUUUUUUUUUUUUUUCUGUGCAGUGAUGGAUAUGUCUGCUGAAGACUCAGUAUGUGGAAAUUUCUUUUGUACUACAAAAGCGAGGGUUGUUCUGCACCAAGAAUGCAGGUUGUUUGGAAACUGGGUCAUACACCCUUUUCUGCUAUAGCAGCUCCUAAAUGGUUCUGUUUCUCCCAUCUCCUUCAACACUAGUUUGUUUGUGCUGGUACUAUUGUUAAAAGAAGAAAAACAUUUUGAAGAUGGCAGACAACAGACAUACCUGUCUUUGCAUGCAAGAGCUGAAAUGCUUCCACAAGACGUGGCAUCUAUAGAUGCAUUUGUGGCAGCACCUGUACAGAAUAUGGCUAGGUACAAAAGUGAGGAUGUUGGGCUUAUUUUAAAUGGAACUGUUGAAAUCAUUUGACAAAUUUUGUUAAUUUGGUUUCCAGUGCCCUACAGACCCUUCUGCUAUUUGUAUAUUGUUCACUGAAAUAAACCUUUGAAUGGUG